GAAUAAAAUGCGGCAGUUUAAAAAAAAUUAUUUUAAAAUGAGAGAGUAAAAGGCUCUCCCGCUUUUUAGGUAGGAGGAGAAAAUGCACUUCUUUUCCGCUCGCAAGGAUUUUUUUUUUUUGUUAAAGAAAAAAGAUGAAUGAAGUGGAGAAUGCAGAAAAGUCGAGCUCGAAAAAUAAAACGGUGGGUAGAAUAUCAAGAUUAUUUCAAAAGAAACCAAAGAAAAAGAACAUGACUUCUUCACUUUCUUCCAUGUCUUUAUCAGACACCACAUUGUCUUCGAAACCCACCACCUUCCAAAGUUCGUCCAGUAUUGCCAGCAGUUCUCAAAGUAUUAACAACGAACCGAUCGAGACUCGUAAUCUUCCUCAAUUACCCACUCAUCAUUCCGAUUCUGGCUCCAUCCAUUCGAAACUAACAAGGACCAUGUCCAUGUCAAGUACAACGAGUAUUCAACAGCUAAUCAGUCAACAACUCUCGGUGUUAAAGGACCUUGAUUCACAAAAGCAAAUGUACAAGCAUGAUAAUAAUAAACUCAGUGAUCAACUGACGCGGACUCGAGAGAAAGUGCAACAAAGGACCAAAGACUUGGAAGCGAUUCAAAAGAAUUAUCAACACCAUUUACGGUCAAUUCGUUCCUCUGAUGAUGAUGCACAAACUAUUGCUCAAAAGCUGGUCAAGAUGAAGACAACGAUUCGUGAAUUGGCCAGUGAAUUAGUGCCGUUUGCAGAAGAAGGCUUGACAGGGGAAAAGUUGAGCACGCUUUGGUUAAAUUUGGGAGAGAGUAUCGAUCGCUUAGGCAAACCAUUAGCACCAGAGAGAAUCCAGAUGCUGACCGAGAAAUUCAUGAUGGAUGUUCUUGUACGUAAUUUAAAUAUCAAUUUAUUUCCUGGCUUAGCUUGUGAUCCACAGUUUCUAGAAUUGUCUAAUUGGUUUGACCAAUUUGAUGAUUCACACUUCUUUUCUACUCGACUAAGACAAGAAAUUAGCAUGAUUGUCGUCAACAAUAUCCAUACCACAGGUUCAGAUAUCGAACAAUCAUGGAAGAAAGCCGUAGACAGUAAUUGGCAUUAUCUUUACAGAGGCCUUCAGAAGGCUUAUCCGUCCUACCUUUCAUCCAAAAACAAUACUGAGAACUCCGCUUGUAUCCAAUACAGUAACAAGUUACGGACGUUGGUGGAAGAUACCAUCGCUUUGGGUUCUGCCAUCAAGGGUCAAGAGGUCUCUAUCACCGCUUCAGAUGUUAGAGAAGGCAUACAACUGUUUGACCCCAAAUUAAUGGAGGACCAAGACGGCCAAUUAGAAGGCACCAUUGCCUUUUGUAUAUCGCCUCCCUUUGUCAUCAAAAUAGCCAAUCGUUAUGAACCCCUCGUCAAAGGCCGUGUCCUUUGCUUUCCUCCUAAAAUACCUCUUUAAACUUUUCUCUCUCUC